AUGGCUGGUUUCGAUGAACUCGAGCAAUUCGCGCCGCGACUGCAGGAUACGUUUGACGUCGACACUUUUGAGACGAUCGCGGAGAGCGUGGCCGCGUAUGUGACCCGCGCACGAUUCCGCGACGCUUCUCGGGGAUCGGUCGUCGCCAUCAAGAGCGGGUCGGUCAACCCACGAUUUUCGAUGCAGCCGCAUGAUAUUGGCAAGGAGCUGCGCAUGCUCUGUAACUCGCCGCAUAGCAACGUAAUCGAGGUACUCGGGCAUGCGUUCGAGAAACCGAUGAGUACGGUGCACUUCUGGAUGCCGUUCGUUCCGUACCAUCUCUCGAACAUCCUUGCAAGCACUCGCUUCUCUGCGUUCGCCCCUCCUGGUGCGGUGAACGGUGCAAGUACACCAGACGCGUCCGCGUUCCUCGUCGCUACCAAGUCUCUUGUCUACCAGACCCUCUCGGCGCUCGCGUUCAUCCACGAACGCAGGAUUGCACACCGUGACGUCAAGCCUCAGAACAUCCUCAUUACCAUCGACGGCUGUGUCAAACUCAUCGAUUUUGGGGUAGCAUGGUCCCAGAAGCCGAAUGAGCGCGAUCUAUGGCCAGAGCCGCCCGGGAAGAUGUGCUUCGACGUCGCAACAGGACCUUACCGCGCCCCAGAGCUCCUAUUCGGGACGAGGGACUAUAACGCCUACGCGAUCGACUUGUGGAGCAUGGGUGCCGUGCUAGCGGAAUUCUUUACGCCGCUGAAGUUGCGCAAAGCAUGCUACGAUGAAGAUGAUUGGUAUGAGGACGAAGACGAAGGCGAUUGGGACUCGGACGCCCCUCCUGCGAAGAUGCCCUUCGUCGUAUCCAAAGGCGUCUCGCCUACCAGCCUAAAUGCCCGGUGGGUGCGGGAAACGCUCUACGACUCGACCAGGGGGCAGAUCGGCCUCGCAUGGAGCAUAUUCAAGGUGCACGGCACACCCAGUGAUGAGACGUGGCCGACAUUCAAACAACUCCCUGAUGCUGGGAAGGUGACAUUCUUUGAAAGCCCUCCCGCGGACUUGUCCAAGCUCCUCCCCAAUCUGCCUUCAGGAGGCAGAUAUCAAGAGAGUGAGGACAGCUUUGACCUCCUGACGAGGCUUCUAACAUACGAGCCUGUCAUGCGCCUCCCGGCCGCGGAUGCGCUCGGCCACCCUUUCUUUAAGCGCGGGCUUCCCCUCGUGCUUCCUCAAGGACAAGGUGGGAAGACAUGGCAAGGACGUGGGCUCGCGGAUGUUAUCUCCCAGUACAUCAGCAACGUAGGUUGA